GGUAGUACAUUGCUCGUGGAAGAUAUGGCGCAGGCAGCGAUAGGCCUAGGGGUUGUGCCACACACGCGCUCGCCGCCAUCGCCAUCGCUGGGAUCGAUCACAGGGAGAGCGAUCGCAGUGAGGAGCAGAAGGAGGGCGAGAUCGUCGGGAAGAAUGUCUGCCGUGGUUGCCAAAUUCGAGCUCCCGCCGCUCCCCUACGAGAUGAAUGCGCUGGAGCCAUUCAUGAGCAAGACGACGCUGGAGUUCCACUGGGGGAAGCACCAGCGCGCAUACAUUGACAACCUCAACAAGCAAAUCUCUGGGACGGAGCUCGAGAGCCUCAAGCUGGAAGACAUCAUCACCAAAACUUAUGGCGGUGGAAACGCCCAGCCAUCUUUCAACAAUGCCGCGCAGGCAUGGAACCACGACUUCUUCUUCCACUCCAUGACAGCCAAAGGGGGCAAGGCUCCCAGUGGCGAUAUCUCCGGCUUGAUCAACCGGGACCUCGGCUCCUACGACAACUUCGUCAAGGAGUUUAAAACCGCCGCCACUACACAGUUUGGAUCCGGAUGGGCCUGGCUCUCCCUCAAGGACGGGAAGCUGAUCGUCCAGAAAACAGCCAACGCGGUGAAUCCACUCGUGUCCGGGGAGACUCCACUGCUCGUCCUCGACGUCUGGGAGGUAAGCUUUCUCUUCGUUUUCUUCGCUUCUUAUCAUCUUCUUUCUUCUCCAGCACGCGUACUAUCUGGAUUUCCAGAACCGCCGCCCAGAUUACGUGGAGACGUUCCUGAGAGAGCUUGUCAACUGGGACACUGUCAAUGCUCGCUUGGAAACUGCUACUGCCAAACUCUAGUCUGUCUCUGAGCUAGUAAAAGAGAGAAUAAAAAAGAAUGUUUGUUUGUGAUGCAGUAGUUGCUCUCCUCAAUCAAGUGUGUUAAAAACAAAUCAACUACAUGUAUGAACAAUCAGCACCAA